GGAGCGUCCUGGGUUCAGGCAAACGCAGACAGGCUUCUCAUCAAAAAGAAAUUUCCCAUCCCGAUCAAGCGGGAAGUCAGAUCUCGCCUGUCCCUCUGUCUUCUGGGUUGAUGGCUCGGCUCCUGUGCUGGGACAACCUGUGGCCUCUGGGGCUUGGCCCUGGGAUGUCGGACAGCAGGGCCCUUUCCGACGGCCAGGAGCUCCACCACUGCCAUCUGGGCACGCACAGGUGCUGGGAGCUCAGGAUCAAAGUCAAGGUCAUGAGAAGCCUCUUGGACAACGAUCUCGCUUGGACAUUAGGCUGUGCCUUCUGCCCUGGGCGCUGCUUCUCCGCAUCUUUAACCUGGACGGGAGCCCACACCUGCUGGGAUGCCACUUUCCAGAACAUUCUUCUCCGUCACCCUCUGACCAAUGGUGUUGCAUUUACCGCCAGUCCGGCUGGACUAAUGGGGCACGUGACACCCAGGGAAGUGAGAUCACCUGUCCGAGCCCUUGGCUGGGGACUGGCGGGGUUUGAACUUGGAUCCAAAAACCCAGCUUCGGUGCCUGUGUCCCCUCAUUACCGAACCACAUUCCGCCCUUCUGUCUUUGAGUGGAUUUUCCAGGUCCUGGGUGGAUCCCAGGAAGGCCUCGCAGCUGGGUCACCUGCUCCUCCUCUGACCCCUCAGCCCAUCUCACUGUCCUUGUCUGGUGUGAAAGGGUCGCAGGGCAGGCAGGUGGCCUGUGCCAGUCUCCUUGUGGGGACCACCUUGCUGCCCAGCUGGGUACCUUGGCUUCCGGCUGGUGACCAAGCAUGGCUGAGGUCCCAGGCCUUGGCCGUUUGUGCCCAGCAGCCCUUGGACCUGUGCUGA